UACCUUGACAGCCUGGGUGUUUUAUAAGCUGCAGCGCCACAGCUCGAGCACAAACAACAACUCUGCUACAGAGGAGACAGAUAACACUCGCAAUGAGAGGAAAACACAACACGAUGACUAAAGACAAAGCUGUUCACGGCAGGCUGACUGUGACUGAGGUCGAGGAGUUCCUUAAAAACCCUCCUGCUGGGUUUUCCGUGGAGGCCCUCAGUUCUGGAGGCUUCAGGGUCCACAGUGAUCCGGAGCAGAGCCUGGUGCUCAUUGAUGACUGCGAGUCCUGCAGGGGGAAAAUACUCUUCCAGGAGUCUUUGGGAAGGCAAGUGAAGAUGCAGAACUUAAAGGAGUACACCAGCAUGAGACAGAGCCUGCUGACAAAGAGGAUUUAUCUGCUCAUGUCUGCAUGCGAGGAGGACUCAUCAGAGACCAACAUGGAGAAAGCAGAAACCAAAGUGCUGCAGCAGUAUAUCGUGUCCAUCAAUGGGAGUGAUCCUUACAUCAAAUGGCAGAUGGAGCGAGGUCUAGACCAGACCAUUUCAUCUGUCUAUGGGGAAAGCUACAGAGUGGAUAUCGACUUGACUGAAGUUCUGGAGAACUGGGCGGCAAAAAACCUCCUCACUAUCACGGACAAGCCGGUUAAAGUAAAACCUGUGUGGAGGGACACCUGCUUCACCCUCAAGUACUACUCUGACGCCCUCUUUGACUUCUCUCAUUGGUUCGGCUUCAGCAAAAGAAAGUUUAACUUGAGGCUGACACGACCGAGCUGUGAGUGAAGACGAGAGAGGAAAAGUGGAGUUUUAAUCCGUAUUUUUUUAAGGGAGCCGUGGUUUCCCUCCUUAAGACUUUCAAGGAAAGGUUGUAUCAGUGACCCUGUGGGUGAAGAUCUGCACCGGACUGAAGGAUCUUCUUCAUUUCAUCUGGAUGCUUCUUUGCUUCAGUGGAUUGGAGAUCACUGACAAGGACAGUGGAGAGACUUUUGAAGCUCUUCAAGGCACAUAAUGUGUCAAAAUGUAUAUUUAAAGCUGACCUGUCGGCACAUACCUCACUUUAUUUACACAUGUUGUAUGCGGGGUGGAAGGGGUUAAAUCUGUACUACAGCAGAUUGAAAUGUUUGUAGACUUUUGUACUCAAAGAAUCAAAAUGUGUUUGAGAUUUUUAUUAUUUUGUACCGAACUUAAACACAAUAAAAGCUCUUUUACAAAAACAUAAA